UGCCCGAGAGUGGGUGUCACCUGCCGAAACAACUUGUUGAUUCCCAGGAGCUUUGUCGGCUCCGACUGUGGCUCACCUGUCUCCAGAGCGCUGGGUCUCUCGCCCACCACUGCUCGCUCAGCCAUGAGCAAGUUGGGCAAGUUCUUCAAAGGGACCCGCUCCUCCCGGGCCCGCGCGGCUCCCAGCACCCAGGAGGCCCUGGCUCGCCUCCGGGAGACCGAGGAGAUGUUGGCCAAGAAGCAGGAGUACCUGGAGAACCGAAUCCAGAGGGAGCUCGCCUUAGCCAAGAAGCACGGCUCCCAGAACAAGCGAGCUGCUUUGCAGGCCCUGAAGAGGAAGAAAAGGUUUGAGAAGCAGCUCACUCAGAUCGAUGGCACCCUUUCUACCAUUGAGUUCCAGCGAGAAGCUCUAGAGAACUCGCACACCAACACCGAGGUCUUACGGAACAUGGGCUUCGCGGCCAAGGCCAUGAAGGCAGCUCAUGAAAACAUGGAUCUCGACAAAAUUGAUGACUUGAUGCAAGAUAUCACGGAGCAGCAGGACAUUGCCCAAGAAAUCUCAGAAGCGUUUUCUCAAAGGGUUCAGUUUGCCGAUGGCUUCGACGAGGAUGAGCUUCUGGCAGAACUUGAGGAAUUGGAGCAGGAAGAAUUGAAUAAGAAGAUGACAAGCCUGGAGCUUCCAAACGUGCCGUCCUCGUCCCUCCCAGCACAGCCCAGUAGGAAGGCCAGCAUGCCCUCCUCUGUGCACCGGUCUCGAGCAGUGUCUUCCAGGAGGGCAGAGGAAGAUGAUGACUUCAAACAGCUGGCAGCUUGGGCCACUUAAGCUACAAUGGAAAAAAAAUUUGAUUCCUAAAUUAUUGAACUACACAUAAGACAUACAUGCUUUUUCAGAGCUUAGAAAUUAGCAGAGAGCUGUUUUAUAUGAAUUAUUGUCUUUUAAGUAACAGUUAAGGUGUAGUCAGGGAUGGAAAAGGGCCAGUAGCAUUAUAGGAGACCCUUCCAGAUUGAGAUAUAUAUAUGUGUGUAUAUAUAUAUAUAUAUGUAUAAAUAUAUAUGCAUUGAGAGCAAACUGAAUUUUACUGACAUUUCAUACAUAUUCCAGUUUAUAUACCAUUCAAGGAAUACCUAGGGUAACUGGGGGGGAAAUGUCUAUGCAAAUACAAGCCAGCUGUGUGCAUCCAGGUCACCCACGGUAAAAAUAAAUACAUGGCUUGAACAGACUUGUUCUAGUGAGUCUAUAUAUUCAUAGUUUCAGUUGAGUUUCACAGCUGAAAAACUUUAGGGAGCCCGGUAGAGCUUCGAGUGGGGCAAUGGGUGAAUCUCCCCAAAUAUCUGAAAGCAGCCACGUCGUAGUGUGCGGGGCGGGACUCUCCGGGGUGUGAUCAGCCGCUCAGGAAGCCGACUGAACACUUGUGGAUGUGCCCAACACUGUUCAUUCUCUUCCGUUUCGUGUUCUCUUGCACUUUGACAGAAACAAAACAAAACAAAUCUUCACAGCAUGCACUUUGUAAAUAUAUUAAAAUACUGGCAAUUAAAAAUAUAUCUU